UGAAAAAAAAAACAAAGAACAAUGUCGAGAAUAGUUGAAGAAGAUGAUGAUACUGCAGAGAUGCAAGCCCUCUUCAAGACAUCCAAUCCUUUAUACGAUUUAUCAAAUGUGAAAGAAGACGAGGCUUUCAAUCGUAUCCUGAUGAGCGCGGAUCCGAGCAGGAGGAUGGCGAGUGCUAAGCCUGGAUCCGCUAUGCGUUUAGGAACGUCGACUGGGUUUCAAAGGCAAUCAACGGCACUGGUUGGGACGGCAUUUCGUCCUGGAACGCAAUUCCGGCCACCAACCGGAAGCGAAGGAGUUAACAGACCGAUGACCGCGGUAAGAGGCGCCGGGUACACUUCGCAGAAGCAGAUGUUCGAUCCUUUCAAUCAAGCUGCGAUGACGCCAGCUCCGGCAUUGGAAAUUCAAAAGGACGAUUCGCCGGAAGAGAAGAUCAGAGUGCAGGAAUUGAAGAUCAUGCAGCUGGUGGAGGAAUCUUGUUUAGCAAGUAGCGAAGGCAAUAAUAGGAAGGCAUUGAGUAAAGCUAAGGAAGCUUCAAAUAAGGAGCGAAGUUUGAUUAGGAUGCAGGAGCAGUCUGGACUUGGGGAUCACCACAACAUGGAUUUAACGUACUCCGUGCUCUUCACCUUGGCAAAUCAAUACGCAGCCAACGAUUUGUUCACCGAAGCUUUGAACACUUACCAGUUGAUCACGAAGAACCGGAUGUUCUCGAACGCACACCGUUUGAAAGUCAACAUGGGAAACAUCUUCUACUCGCAGGGUCAAUUCCACAAAGCGAUCAAGAUGUACCGGAUGGCGUUGGAUCAGGUGCCGAGCAGUCAGAAGAAUUUGAGGAUCAAGAUCAUGCACAACAUCGCAAUGGUCUUCGUGAAAAUGGGGCAGUACGAGGAAGCUAUUACCAGUUUGGAAUACAUCAUGAGCGAGCAGCCCAACCACAGGGCUGGUCUACAUCUGGUGAUCUGCUGCAGAGCCAUGGAGGAUAAAGACCGAAUGCGCAGCUCCUUUUCGAUUCUACUCGCCGUUCCUUUAGAACUCGAAGACGAAGAGAAAUACAGUUCAGAUCAAGAUAACCAGGAAGAUAUAUUAAUUGCUUCUGCAAUUAGAAACGAUGAUUUGCACGUAUAUGAAAUGAAGAAAAGGUCCGAUGCUGAACAUUGCAUACUCACUGCGGCUAAACUGAUUGCCCCUUUAAUUGAAGACACAUUUAGCGAUGGAUACGAUUGGUGCGUGGAAACGAUUAAAAGUUCUGAAUACGCGCGUCUGGCUGGUGAAUUGGAAAUAAACAAGGCUGUGAUGUUCUUAAAGCAAGGACAACUCAACGAAGCAAUAGAAACGUUGAAGGCAUUCGAUAAAGAGUCAACAAUAGCCACGAGCGCUGCAACCAAUUUGAGUUUCAUUUACUAUUUGCAAGGAGAUUUUGAUAAUGCCGAGAAGUACGGCGAAAUUGUUAAAAAUUCUGAUGGAUACAACGCAGGCGGAUUUGUGAAUUUGGGUGCUUGCGCGUUUGGAAAAGGGAAUUACGAUCAGGCCAGAAAUUACUUUGUAAGCGCAUUGGAUUGUGAUCCUUCAAGCGUCGAGGCUUUAUACAAUUUGGGAUUGGUCUUGAAAUAUCAAGGAAAUAACGACGAGGCUUUGGAAUGUUUCCAAAAGUUCACUGGAUCAUUGGCGUUGCUGCCCGAAGUUGUUUUUCAGAUAGCCGUGUUACUGGAGAGAAGCGGAGACACUGAAGCAUCCGCUGAAGCCUAUCAGCAAUUAUUAGGUUUAGUGCCUACCGACGCUACUGUUUUACAAAAGAUUGGAGAAUUGUACGAUCAUGAUGGAGACAAACAGCAGGCUCAUCAUUACCACAUCGACUCUUUCAGAUAUUAUCCGGCUGAAUUAUCGGUGAUCGACUGGCUAGGUUCUUAUUACAUAGAGAUGCAAAUUGUGGAAAAGGCACUGAAGUACUUUGAGAAGGCAGCAGUGAUGCAGCCGAGCAAUCCGAAAUGGCAGAUGAUGGUAGCGGGAUGUCACAGGAGGAGCGGCAACCUGCACAAAGCUCUGACAUUAUACCAAGCCAUAAACAGGCAGUUUCCGGAAAGCGUCGAGUGUUUGAGAUUUCUGGUUCGUUUGUGCAGUGAUCUGGGGUUGCGUGAAGCUCAGGAUUACGCUUUGGAGUUGAAAAAAUUGGAAAAGUCCAAGGAGGUGCGUGAACGCGUUGGAAGCAGCAGACCGGGAUCCCGCAGGAGUAACAGCGGUUUAUCUUCGCGUGCGGGAUCAGGGUUCAGUCCUGUCCCUGAAAACGGAAACUACGUGAGUCCUUUGGGUUCGGGGAGCAGACGUUUAAGGACAUCCAGGUUAACGCAGAUGCACAACAGUGCAGGGAGCGGAGAUUCUGGUUUCGCACAACCAACGCUCGAUACGACGUACGUGGAUCCACUGGGACCAUUGCCGAGCAGGCCACGAACUCAGGCCGGAAAACCGUUGGACUUUGACGACUUCGCCGACGAUCAAAUCGGAGAUGAUUUGCUACCCGAAUAAAUUCAGAAAUAUAAAAUGAUAUCAUUACUUAAUAAUUUUGUCUCGUUCAUUCCUAAAUAAUACUAAUUUGUAUAAAUAAAAAAAAAUAGUACAAUAAAUAUGAUAAAAAAAUAUUAAUACAUCAGUUU